GAACAUGUGAGCAGGGAAUGGGAAACUGGGAACGGGAUUUUACACUAGAGAGAGACGCAGGAGGGGCGCUAAGCAGGAAAAUUACCAAGAAUCACUGUUGCAGCCGCAAUCAGUAUUAAAGCAAUUCCCGGAGACAUCUGCACAUAGAAGAUAUUCACGGAAUACAGAACCAAAGAUGAACACAAUUGUGUUUAACAAACUAAGUAAUCAAGUCAUUUUUGAAGAAAAGGCGAAAGAAGUUGAACGGAGCAGCCGAAAUUAUUUAGAAGUAAUUGAUGGGCAGCAUCCAGAUUUACUCUCAAACAACCAGACAAUCAAAGACAACUCUGCCAGCAGGCAUAGAAGGUCUGGGUCCCGACAAAGCGGAGGAAAGGUGCGACAUAAGCGGCAGGCACUUCAGGACAUGGCCCGGCCUCUGAAGCAAUGGCUAUAUAAACACAGGGACAAUCCUUACCCCACUAAAACGGAGAAAAUCCUGCUUGCCCUGGGCUCCCAGAUGACAUUGGUCCAGGUAUCUAACUGGUUUGCGAAUGCCAGGCGGCGACUGAAGAACACGGUGAGGCAGCCGGACCUCAGCUGGGCCCUGCGGAUCAAGCUUUAUAACAAAUAUGUGCAGGGGAACGCCGAGAGGCUGAGCGUGAGCAGCGACGACACAUGUUCAGAAGACGGAGAAAACCCUACGCACACCCAGACAGGCGUGGUGGAGUUCAGCAAGCCCAUGUACCAAAGCGUCAUCAAGAAGGAGGGCACGGUCAUGGGGACGGGUCUGCGGGCCGACGCCUCGCUCGGAGAGGAUUAUGUUUCUCCGCCCAAGUACAAGAGCAGCUUGCUACACCGGUACCUCAACGACUCGCUGCGCCACGUCAUGGCCUCCAACGCCGUCAUGGACUCACGCAAGAGGAACCACUCAGGGUCUUUCAGCUCCAACGAGUACGACGACGAGCUGCUCUCCCCCUCGUCCUCCGAGACCGAGGCCAACUUCGUUUACCGAGCCGAGACUGUGGACCAUGGAUCAAGUAAAUGUGACAGCGCGCCAAAGGAAAAGGCUCGGGGCAAAGAUGAAACGUACUGGAGAGAAAUCAACGCAGCCAUGGCCUUGACCAACCUCGCCCAGGGAAAGGACAGUGUAUCAGGGACAACCAGCUGCAUCAUCCAGAAGUCCUCCCAUAUAUCAGAAAUAAAGACUGUCAAAGUCCCCAUGGUGCAGAAGUAUUAGCCCGUUGGCCCACGCAACGUUCCUCUGAAGAUCCCAGUGAUUUAAUACCUUCAAAAAAACAUUGAUGGAAACUGAGCACUUGUUUUUUUUUAAAUACAGGAAAGUAUAGGGGAAAGAAAGUAUUGUAAAGAUUUUUUUGUAGUCUUAAGCAUUUAUUGUGUUUGUUUUCAUGCACAUGCAUUAAACAAGUGUUGAUAAUUGAGCUAUCAGCUGCAGUAUUCCGAACGAGACACUUUUAUAUUUUUUAAGUUAUUUGAUAAAUCUGACAUUUUGUAUUCCUAAAUUUGUAUUCUAAUGUUGCCAAAGUGCCUUUUGAAGCAAAAAUGAAAAAAAUGCUAAUAACGCUGUCCAUGAUACAUUUUGCUCUGAAAAUAAGAUUUCAUUGUUUUUAGGAAGACAUAAAACAUUUUUUUCAACUGCAUUAUUUAAGAGACUGCUAAGAUAAUUCUUCUAAAUUUCUUCCUUUUUCCCUCCAGCAGUGCAAAUGAGGGCCAGUUUGGGGUGGAGCUAACCUUAAAUAACACCUAACACUCUUUAGUCACCAUAUCACAAACACACACACACACACACACACACACACACACACACAGAGAAACACGCGCUCAAGCAGGGUGUCUAACGGCAUUGCACAUGUUUUGUCUGCUUUCUCAUUAUGACUGUAAAUGUAACAGUGUUGUGUCUCAGAGAAACAAUGACCUGUCAACAAUAACUGUGAACACACAGAUAUGCCAGCCUCAGUCAGUGGACCUCUUGGAGGGAGCGGUUCAAGAGGGAAUCCUGACAGGGUAGCUUUACUGUGCCCAUUGCCAGUGGUAACUGACUUCAUCGCUGCCUUUAACACCUUGUCCUUGGAUUCUGUGUUCCAAGUCAAGGGACCUGGGGGUUUUGAGCUUUUGAACUUUUGGCCUCAAAAGCUCAAACAAAUGUUUUUGCAAAUGCAUGUGUACAAGUUUCAAGUUUGUGGUGCUUUAUUUUCAUACUUUCUACAUUAAGAACAACUUUUUCAAUCAACUGAGGUCAUAACCGAAAAGGGAGGUUUUUUAUUUGUGUUAUCACUCCAUGUUUAUAUUAAUAAUUCUGCCUUUGCAUAUGGUUCUGUUCAAACCAAGAUACUUAAAAUCCUUUUUUUCAAGACCAGUUCGCCAGCCUUUUUGAUCCACUUUCUCGUGUCAGAUGUUUAAAAUUACAUUCAAAUCAUUGUUUACAAGAAGCUGGAGACGGGCCUAUGUGUUUUUUUUUUUUAAAUCACGUGUUUCAGUAUUAUUUCUCUGUCAGCAAGUAAGUGUUCCAAUGGUUUGUUUUUGUCAGUUUUUUGAAGAUACUCUAUUAUAUUGAAUGUUUUUUGCCAUAUCACAGUAACUAUUGUUCUCUGUCUUUUUUUACACAAUAUAAAGUAUGUGAAUAUGUUAUCCUCUUAGUUGCAAUAAAUCCCCAGUAUUGAACUGAGAGAAGAUUGAGUAUGACUGUAUGAGCAACAGAAGUUGGUUCUUCUUGCUGCUGAAAGUUAUGUGUAUCUUGGAGGUACUAUUAAUCUGUUAGAUUUUACAAUGCUUAGUCGUUGUGUGCAGUUGGGCCCAUUUUGACAAGCUACAUCCAAUGGUUAAGCAGUCAUAUGUGUUUUCACAUGGAAAAACUGCAUAGUUACUUUAAUAUGUUCUCCUUUUGUGAAUUUCCAAAACACUACAAUCUGCAUUUGCCAUCUUGUGCGCUCGCAUUCAGUUAGACACGUCAAGCCAGUUUUGAGAAGUUUGGGGUAGAGAAGCCCAAUGUGUUAGAUGUAUUCAUAUGCGUACCCCCGUAAAGUCUGCUACUACUAACAUGCCUGUGAAAGUAAAAGAAAAAGAAUAACUGUGGUUAGUCCGGGAGCUGUUGGCUCAUGCAGUGCUGUGCUCCACAUAUGUUUUAUAUACCCACGAUUCUCUGAGGAGGGCUGUAGGGCACAGCUGAGCACAGUGUAUGGUUCUGAUACUUUUGAUAAGUUUGUGGAAACCACCUUUCACCUCACACGGAAUCUGACUGUCACAGAGGUGUCGAAGAAUAGAGAGGCCAUUGUAAGCCAUGCCCGGCAGAACAUGCAUGUAACAGUAUACAGUCCGGUGCUGUACUCACGCACGAAUGCACUCAGACAAUAACUAGAACCGCAAAGCAUUUACAUACAGUUGGUGUUCAUACUUUAGAAAACGUAAAUUAUUAUGGACUGUGUAAAAAAAGAAAAAGCUAAAGCUGGUGAAAAUAGUCUGGUGUUUUUUGUUUUUUUUCAUUUGUUAAAUUAUGUCAUUUUUAUCAUUUUUUUUAGAGACUGGGUGUUUAUCCAACGACCAAAUACAUAAUAUCACCGUAUAAUGAUUUGCUUUUACUUAAAAGUGUUAAAAAAACUAUGGUUAU